GAAGUGAUGUUGUCACCCAGUUAGCUACCUCACGCUGCCGGCGCAAUCCAGAUCCAAAAUAACCUGUACAUUUUCCACCAUUUGACAUUCCCGAAUACCAUUCGAGAAAAGGUGGCUUAGCCAGACAAAGACUCUGGGAGUAUUAUCCCUGAUGGACUAAUGGAUAUCUUUAAAAACUCAACUAAACUAAAUCAACCAGUAGAUCUCUUCCUGUGAUGUGGAUGUGAGCCUGGGAUUAAAGGGAAAGGGAUCCUCCUCCAUGCUGCUGCUACAGUGACAGUCACUAUGCCUCAGCUCUCUUAUUGUGUAACUGAGCCAUCAUCUGUGUGUUCCAUGACCACUAGCUAACCACCUCUGCCUCUGCCUGCUUGCUGUGGAGGUGGGGGUGUUACAUAUGGUCAAAGCAGAGUAUAGAGUCAACUGAUUUCCACAUCGAUUUUAGUGUCAGUCAAACACUGUGAUCUGAAGCCAGACACCUACGACCUAUGCUUUAUAUUAUAUCCUGCCACACAGAGGACAAGGACAGUAGAACUGAAAGAUGAUGUCAUUCACCUCUCUAUAUUCCCCUGAUUGUUAAACACAAGCAGGCAGCAGUGUUAUAACCUCCCUAACUCCCGUCCCCCAGAUAGAGCAGUAUUAUAACCUACCUACCUCCUGUCCCCCAGACAGAGCAGUGUUAUAACCUCCCUACAUCCCGUCCCCCAGACAAAACAGUGUUAUAAUCUCCCUAACCUUUAGUUUCCCAGACAGAGCAGUGUUAUAACUUCCCUACCUCUCGUUCCUGGCAGAAUGGGCUGUAAACUACACCGGUCCUAUUCAUUAAUUAAUGACCCUACCUGAAGGGGCUGGCUAGUGGCUCGUGGAGCUGUCUACAGGAAGACAGUGUCAUGUGCUAUAGUGAUGAACAGGGGAGAACAAGGGAGGAGAGGCAGAGGCAGUACACCAGAUGAGAGAAGAGAGGACGCCCUCUUUCCUCUUCAGCACCCCUCUCUGACCAUCAAUCAUCCAGGGCCAUUGUGGUCCUGUCCAGGGUAGCCUGCAGCGCAACCACACAGCCCAGCCACCCAGCCAGGCAGGCAGAAGAGAGGAGAGGAGAGAGGGGGCAAGGAGCUGUAGCCUUCAGGGAGAAAGGAAAGUGGAAAAUAAUGGCUGCCGGGGAACGGCCUUCUUCCUGUCCUCCUCUCCAGCCAGUGAUGCUGGGCUUGGAGGCAGCGCUGCUCUCCUUCUGCAUCUCCACUGUAUUCUCCCAGGUCCCAGACCCAGAGCUUUUACCGACAGAUCCCCCAAAGAAGCCAGACCCAGUCACUUCAGAAACAGUCGUGUUCUGGGGACUGCGGUUAUGGCAGGUUAUUGGCAUCUUCUCUAUGUUUACUCUAGCAGUCAUCAUAACCCUAUGCUGCAUCUUCAAAUGCCGUAUCCCCAGGACGAAGAAGGAGAUUGAGGCGCGACAUGCUCAGAGAGUAGCAGCUAAGGACUACGCCAACACACUGGAGACAGUGCCUCCUCUCAACGAGCUCACAGAGAUCCCAGGAGCUGUAGUUGUGGAGAAAAAAGAAGUGGUAACAACAGUCUCAGGAAAAGUGGACGGUGACAAGGGGGAAAAGAAGACCAAGGGAAAGAAAGAGGGCAAGGGUGCCAAGGAGGAAAAGGAUGAUGAAAAGGAGGGAUCAACUAAGGAAAAAGGUGAAAAGGAAGGAGGGAAGAAAGGAGAAGCAAGUGAAGUAAAAGGGAAGAAGAUAGAGAAAGGAGGAGGUGAUAAAGGAGGAGGUGCAAAAGGAGGUGCAAAGGGGGGAGCCAAAAAACCUGCUGUGAAAAAGUGA